GAACUCUGUGGAUUGUCAGAAAGAUCUUGGCACUGGGCCCAAGCUGAAGAUGAACAUGAAGCUGCGGCAUUUGUUGAUUCUAUUAGCUGUUUGUGUGGCAGGCAGCUAUCAGCUGUCGCUGCCCGAUGACCCCACCUACUACGCCGGCGUUGUGGAGCACAGUGUGGCCGAGGGCACACCCAGCGAGCAGACCAGCAUUAUGUCGAAUGCAUUUCGGACCAUUAUCGAGUCGCCGGAUGCCCGGGAUCUCGACAUCAUUGUCUUUCCGGAGCACAUACUGAACAGCCGCGAGACGGCCACCUUUGUGCCGCAUGGCGCGCAGAAUGUGACGCCCUGCUAUGCCCCGGACUAUGAGGUCUUUCUGGUGGAACUGUCCUGCGCGGCCCGCUCGCGCGGCGUCUACGUCGUGCUGAAUGUCGUCGAGAAGGAGCUGUGCGCGAAUGGAGCGGGAGCGGCCACGCUGGACCCGUGUCCGCCGGCCACCGGAGUGCGGUACUUCAACACCAAUGUGGUGCUGGACAGGCGGGGGCGCGUGGUGUCGCGCUACCGCAAGACGCAUCUGUGGCGCCGCGAGUACUACAGCACCUCGGUGCUGGUGGAGCCGGAUGUGGCCAUCUUUGAGACGGACUUUGGGGUGACCUUUGGGCACUUUAUCUGCUUCGACAUGCUGUUCUACGACCCGGCCAUGCGGCUCAUACACGAGCACAACGUCAGCGACAUCAUCUACCCCACGUACUGGUUCUCGGAGCUGCCGUUCCUCAGCGCCGUGCAGCUGCAGGAGGGCUGGGCCUUUGGCAACGAUGUCAACCUGCUGGCUGCCGAUGCCAGCAACCCCUCCGGCCGCACCACCGGCUCCGGCAUCUAUGCGGGUCGGGCCGGCCGCCUCACCGCCUCCAUCAACGAGAUGCCCGCGCGCCUGCUGCUCAAGGCCCACGUGCCCAAGCGCCGUCCGGGCCUGCCCGCCUACCAGCUGCCCGCCCAGCUGGAUCCCAUCUUCCAGCCGCUGCUGGAGACCCCACGCUACACCAAGGUGGCCACCUACCGCGACUACAACGUGGACAUCUUCACCAGCACUCUGCUCGACGCGGACUUUGUGAACAUUUCGCAGCAGCUCUGCCAUGGCUCCGCCUUCUGCUGCGACUUCCACGUGCAGCGGCAGGCCUUUCCAGGCGAUGCCUCCGCCCUGCAGGCCUAUCGCUAUCGGCUUGGCGUCUACCUGGGGAACGAGACGACGCUGAUCCGAGUGGACCGCAGCGAGCAAGCCAUCUGUGCGCUCUUCGCCUGCCGCGAUGAGGAGAUCCAGAGCUGCGGCUACGUCUUUCCCGAGGCCAGUCGCGUGGGCAACAAGCAUCACUUCACCAGCAUCCGGAUCGGCGGCACCUUCCCCGCUGCACCGCGUGGACGUCGCCUCAUCAUGCCCAGCACUCUGGAUGGCCUCUUUAUGCCGGUGGCCGUCGCCCACUACAACUGGUCGGAGGCCCCCGCGGCUGCCGCCCACCCUCAGCAGGCUGUUCGUGUGGAUCUGGAGCUGAUACGGCCGCGCAACGAUAUCCUCACGUUUGCCAUUUGGUCCAACUACUACACGGAGCUGCCGUCCACCCACAAUAUGGAUCACCUGCAGCCGAAUGGUGGCGCCACGGUCACAGUCACAGUCACAGCUCCACCGCCCGCCGUCGCUCAAACGCCAGCUCCUGUUGCUGGCUCUGCAACGGAUCUGGCCUGCACUUUGUCCCUGGUAUUGGUCUGCCUGCUCUUCUCGUCUAUGGGUCCAGGUGCCGCCAACUGAAGGGCAGCUUUGCGUUCAUCGAGCAAAGGGCUGUACACACUAUGUGCAAUUAUAUUAUUAUUUUAGAUGCAAAGUCAAUGUUUCUCUUCUCAAAAUAAAGACGAAAUUUAACACAAAAGC